AUGUCCGACAGCACCUCUAUCCCGCCCGGUCCCUCGGAGCUGCUGGUAAGCUCGUCCCUGGGCCCGUCGCCACCGCCGGCCGGCCCUGAUCCCGCUUCCUCCCAAGGAGGUGCCAAGAAGUCAUCGCGCCGAGCCGCCGACCUGCCGAGCCAUAAGAGACGCUGCAUCAGCACGGCUUGCAUUGCGUGCCGAAAACGCAAGUCCAAGUGCGACGGCGCACUGCCCAGCUGCGCCGCCUGCGCCAGCGUCUACGGCACCGAGUGCAUCUACGACCCAAACUCGGACCAUCGCCGCAAGGGCGUCUACCGUGAACGCGCUGACAGCCUCAAGGCCCGCAGCUCAACCCUGCAGACAAUUAUCGAGGCCAUUCUCAAUGCAUCUGAGGACCACGUCCCCGAGAUUGUCCGCAAGCUUCGCGCCUGCGACAAUCUCGACGUCGUUGCCCAGCAACUCGCCACUUCGGCCGCUCACGGCAGCCGCGCCGCCACCCCUGAGCACACCGACGACGAAGGGGAUGCCGCGGCAUACACGCCAAUCCAGGGCGAGUCGGAGCUGGCCCGCAAGAUGGGCGAGCUCAGGGUAGAAAACGGCUCGGUCCGCUUCAUCGGCGGCACCUCGCAUCUUAUUUACCUGGACAAUCCCGGCGAUGAAUCGCACGCCGACUCCGCCUUGCACCAGGUCCCCCUGAACGACAACCCAGUCACCUCUUGGACCUGCGUCACCACCGACGCCCACCUAAUCACCCACCUCAUCGACAUGUACUUCAACUAUCACUACGCCUACUUCACUACCCUCUCCAAGAAGCUUUUUUGGCGUGACUUUGCCAAGGGCGCGUCCGGCGUGAGCGGCGACGCAACUGCCCACUGCUCUCCCCUGCUCGUCAACGCCAUCCUGGCUCUUGGCUGCCAUUUCACCGACUUUGCCGGCGCCUACGCCGUGCCUGGAGAUAGCAGGACAAAGGGCGAUCACUUCUUUGCCGAGGCGAAGCGCCUGAUCCUGGCCAACGACGAGUUUGCGAAGCCGCGCCUUGUUACCGUCCAGGCCCUGGCACUCAUGUCGGUUCGAGAAGCCGGCUGUGCCCGCGAGGCCAAAGGGUGGGUCUACAGUGGCAUGAGCUUCCGCAUGGCCCAGGACCUGGGCCUCAACCUCGAAAUUCACGGAGCCUCCAAGAAGCUGAUAAGCGACGAGGAGAUUGAUGCGAGAAAGAUCACCUUCUGGGGCUGCUUCCUCUUCGACAAAUGCUGGUCCAACUACCUCGGCAGACUGCCUCAGCUACCCAAAAGCGGUUCCAACGUGUCCAAGUUCGACGUCUUCCCUGACGAGGACGCCGCGACGUGGUACCCGCUCACCGACAAGGGCCGCAGCAAUGCUUAUCAGCAGCCAUGGAGGACACGAGCGUCGGCUCUGCAGCUCUCGAGUUUGUCUGAGAUUAGCAGCGACCUUCUCAUCUUCUUUUAUCAUCCCAAUCACAUUGGCCGAUCCCGUGGCAAAUCCGCAGAGCUCAAGAUGCUGGGCGAGAUUCACCAGCGGCUGGAGGAAUGGCGCAAGCAGUUGCCCAAGGAGUUUGAGCCUCGUGAAGGGCAACUGCCCAAUGUGAUCCUCAUGCACAUGUUCUUUCAUCUACAGUACAUUCACCUCUUCCGGCCAUUCCUCAAGUACGCGCCUUCGGCCUCGCCAUUGCCCGGCCACGUCUCUCCGCGGAGGAUUUGCACGGCGAAUGCCGGGGCCAUUUCAAAGCUCACGCGGCUUUACAAGAAGGCCUACGACCUCCGGCAAAUCUGCAACAUUGCCGUGUACAUGAUCCACAGCGCCUCCACCAUUCACCUGCUCAACUUGCCCGACAAGAGCGCCAGGCGCGACAUCACGCACGGGGUGAAGCACCUAGAGGAAAUAGCCGAGGACUGGCUCUGUGCACGGCGAACCUUGAGCAUGCUUAGCGUUCUUGCCAGGAAAUGGCGAUGCGAGCUGCCAGAGGACGCGGCAAGUACCCUCAAGCGGGCCGACGAGAAGUACGGCUACUUCAGCGCGUCUGACGUCCCCUCGCCCGGGUCGAGCACACAGUCGACGAUGCUGUCAGACGAGGACGCGGCCAUGGUUUCCCAAAAGGACAACAGCCCGCUCAGCCACUACACGCAGGCACACAUGACUCAGUUUACACCGCCCGCCGCAAGCUUGGACAGCCAGAUGCCCAUGAUGCCGCCGGCGCUACAGAUGAUGGGAGGUGGCCCUCGCCUUGGGCCGCAGCACCACCAGGACCUGCCCUUUGACGCUGGACAGAUGGACUUUAACCCCGACGUACUCAACGGGUGGACGCGCCAACCUACGAGCGUGCCGGAGUCUGGCUAUGACUCGCCGCUGGUCGCCGUCAACGGGAACGGCAUGGUACCCGAGGGCAAUAACCAGUCUAGCACCCGGCAGGUGCCGCCCGGGCAAGGGGUCGCCUUUGACAGCCAGCGCUGGAUGCUCAACGACAGUGCGAGGUGGCAUCAAACCUUUGGAAGCUGGGACGUGGGCGAAAGCGUCCCAGCAGGGGGGUCCGUCUUCAUGUUCGGCAACGAUAGAAGCAACGGGAUACAUCAAGGCACCCCCGACGCCGGUAACCAUGGCCGGGCUAACAUGGAGGGACUCGCGGCUUCGUCGAGCGAUAAAGGCUGGCUGCCUGACCUGGAGUGA